UGGUAGUGGUAAGCAAGGCGGCGUUAUACGCCAAGUUAAACUUUUUAGGCGAGAUCUGCUUAUGAAAGCGCCAACAAACACCCCGAUCGAAACCACCAGACCAGAUCUCAUCCCGACUUCCCGAGCACCAGCACCAUCCGAGGAAGAAGAGUCUUCUUCCCACGCGGCUUGUCCGAGCCGAGCGAAUGCGAUUGUAAAGCACCGUCGUGAACCUGACGACGAGCUCCAGGCGGCGGCGAUGGGGUGCUCCUUCUCCGGGCUGAACGCGCUCUACGACACCGUCGGCGGCGGCGGAGGCGACAUCUGGGUCAACGACUACCGCUUCCGCGUCGUCCGCAGGCUCGGUGACGCCGGGCCAGCGGGGUCCUUCGUCUUCCUUGUCAAGGAGGUUGUCGCCGCCGCCACCGCCUCCGACGGCACUGGUGGGGCGGUGCCCGGCGCCUCUGGGCUCGCCAAGAAGAAGGGCAUCGAUCCAUCCCACAUCUCAGCUGAUGGAACAUAUGCCUUGAAGAAAGUUCUUAUUCAGAAUGAACAGCACUUAGAGCAAGUUCGACAGGAGAUCCGAGUGUCCUCUCAAUUCAGUCAUCCAAAUCUACUUCCUCUUCUUGAAAAUGCUAUUAUUGCAGUUAAGGGUGUGCAAGAUGGGUCGCAGAAUCAUGAGGCUUACUUGUUGUUCCCAGUUCAUUUGGAUGGAACCUUGCAAGAUAUCAAUAAAAAUAUGCUAGAAAAGAAAGAAUAUUUUCCAACAAUCAGUAUUCUCCAAAUAUUCCGCCAGCUAUGUGCAGGACUGAAACAUAUGCACAGUUUUGACCCACCUUAUUCUCAUAAUGGGGUUAAACCAGACAAUGUUCUCAUAACUCAGAGGAAGGAUCAACCUCAUCUUGCCAUCUUGAUGGAUUUUGAAAGUGCCCGUCCUGCAAGAAUAGCCAUUAGAUCACAAGCAGAUGCUAUGCAGUUACAGGAAUGGGCAUCAGAGCACUGUUCUGCACACUACCGAGCUCCUGAAUUGUGGGAGUGUCCAACUCAUGCUGACAUUGAUGAGAGGACAGAUAUAUGGUCUUUGGGAUGCUGUCUUUAUGCAAUGAUGUACGGAAAAUCUCCAUUUGAUUAUGAACUUGAUGAAGCUGCUGGUGAGAGCUUACAGUCAGUUACAAAGAGUGCUCAAAUUAAAUGGCCUACUGAAGCUGGCCCCUCGUAUCCUGAUUCUCUCCGCCAGUUUGUAACUUGGAUGCUGCAGCCUCAUCCUGCAGUUCGUCCCCACAUUGAUGAUAUCAUCAUCCACGUUGAUAAGCUCAUUGCAAAGUACUCAAUUUGACCUGACUAAAUGGAGCUUCUUCCAUAGAAAAUGUUAUGUAAGUCAAUAGAACAUCUACUUGAUUCAUUAAAUGUGAUAAAUAUAAGUUGGUUUCUUGAUUUUAUUUUUGUGCUAAAGUGAAGAGAGAGAGAGAGAGAGAGAGAGAGAGAGAGAGAGAGAGAGAGAGAGAGAGAGAGAGAGAGAGAGAGAGAGAGCGUUUAUUGGUAGAUUGUAUUCACCAAUUUAUGAACCUACUAUUGUUCAUGAGUACAAUUCCAUGUAGAUCUAUGAUUUUAUUUUCGGUGCCCACUGUUACGUCGGAGUAUUAAGUAAUGUCAUUUUGAUGGUUUCUCCUUGUAA